AUGGCCACAAAAGCCACCGGCUCGAAGAAAUAUCUCCAGCUGCUCCUUUUCCAGGUUGCUUUUCUAGGGUCUGUCUUCUGCGGGAACGUGUUGGUCUGGCCAACGGAAGGCAGCCACUGGCUGAACGUGAAGAUAGUUAUACAGGAGCUCAUCCGCCGCGGGCACAGCGUUACCGUCCUGGUAUCCAAUGCUUCCCUCUUCAUUAAACCCAGGGCUGAGGCCUCGGAGAAGUUUGAGGUCUAUAACGUGCCCUUCAAGAAUGACACUGUCGAGAACCUGAUCGAGGAUGUAGUGGCUCUGUGGCUGAAUAACAGGCCGACCACCUUGACCUUCUGGCAGUUCUACAAGGAGCUGGGAAAACUGUCCGAAAACUGGCACCAGAUGAACAGGAUAAUGUGCGACGCGGUGCUGACCAACCAAGAGCUGAUGGCCCACCUGCAGAGGUCUAGCUAUGACCUGCUGCUGUCAGACCCGGUGACCCUCUGCGGGGACCUCCUGGCUCUCAAGCUGUCUGUCCCCUUCAUCUACUCGCUGCGCUUCUCCCCGGCCUCCACCGUGGAGAGGCACUGUGGCAAGAUCCCAGCCCCACCAUCCUACACGCCCGCAGCCCUGUCCGAGCUCACCGACUGCAUGUCCUUCAGUGAGAGAAUAAAAAACAUCUUGUCUUACCACCUGCAAGACUACGUUUUCCAGAGCUACUGGGGAGAAUGGGAUAUCUACUACAGCAAGGUCUUAGGAAGGCCCACAACCCUGUGUGAGACGAUGGGGAAAGCAGAGAUAUGGUUAAUCAGAACAUACUGGGAUUUUGAAUUUCCACGCCCUUUCCUGCCCAACUUUGAGUUUGUCGGAGGACUUCAUUGCCAGCCUGCAAAGCCAUUACCAAAGGAAAUGGAAGAAUUUGUUCAGAGCGCAGGGGAACACGGCAUCGUGGUAUUCUCUCUCGGGUCGAUGGUCUACAACCUAACUGAUGAAAAAAGUAAUGUGUUUGCCACAGCCUUCAGCCAGCUUCCACAAAAGGUCCUCUGGCGGUACAAAGGAAAAACCCCAGAAACUCUGGGCUCCAACACCAGGAUUUAUGACUGGAUACCCCAAAAUGACCUGCUUGGCCAUCCCUUGACAAAGGCCUUUAUUACUCAUGGUGGGACCAAUGGGAUCUAUGAAGCCAUCUACCAUGGGAUCCCGAUGGUUGGGAUUCCCAUCUUUGCCGACCAGCACGACAACAUUGCUCACAUGAGGGCAAAGGGAGCUGCAGUUGAGCUGGAUUUCAGCACACUGAAGACACAGGACCUAGUUGAUGCAGUGAAUACAGUCAUUAACAAUUCCACCUAUAAGGAAAAUGCUCUAAGGUUAUCCAAGAUACACCACGACCAGCCAGUUAAGCCUCUGGACAGAGCUGUCUUCUGGAUUGAGUUUGUCAUGCGUCACAAAGGAGCAAAGCACUUGAGACCAGCUGCUCAUCAUCUCACCUGGUACCAGUACCACUGCCUGGAUGUCCUGGCAUUCUUGUUCACCUGUGCAGCGAUUGCAGUCUUCAUUCUUGUCAAAUGCUGCUUAUUUUGCUAUAGGAGAUGUGGCAGGAUUGCAAAGAGGAAGAAAGAAUAGACAUCCUAUUCCCACCAUCACUUUUUCUUCUC